UCGGCGUUCGAAACUCGGAACUAAUGUCGUGCGUGUUUUGGAAAAUUAACCAAUCUCAGUGCGCUAUCGGUGGUGUAAAUUGUGCGUAAACAAGCGCGGAACCGGUGCACUGUUCGUUGUGCAUGAGGUUUGAACCGGCCAGUGCCCGGUUUGGUGGCAAAAGAGCGCUGAAAAAGUGUCACUCUUGUGGGUGAAAAGUGAUUUCGGAAGCAGUAGCCAGCGGUGCGUGUUGUGGGUGCAAAGGUGCAAGAAACAAGUGGAAGGAAGGGUGUCGGCUCUGGCGUGUGAACUUGUGAAAAGAAAAGAGAAGCAAUCAAAGAAGAAGCCCUUGGUCAAAGCAGUGCGAAGAAAAAGGUCGUACAGCGAGCAGAAAGGGAAAGGGGCGAGGUACCAGCAAGCCACGGGAGCAGUAGAAGUUUUUCGUCUUACCGUAACGCUAACGACUCGUGCAAACAAUCCGUCAAGGCCGUCACUCGCAGUGCCGUGAGAGAACACACACCAACGAAUCUAAACUGGCGUUUUUAAGCAAGAACCCCUACCAGAACGGACAAGGACGAGCAGGAAUAUAACCACCAUCAAUGCAUAGUGAGGAUGAUCUAAUUGCCCGAGCACAACAACACAACCAGCAGCAAACGACGCAGCAGAUCACGACCAUCACAAAGGUCGUCCGCGAGGUGAAACAGUUGGGACCGGAUGGUGGACAACCGUUCGACUAUGUAGCAAUGCCUCUAGACAUGGGAACCGACGGUCAACCGAUCGACUACGUGUCGAUGCCGAUGGGGAUGUACACCACCCGGACGCAGUACUUGAACUUUAACCACAUGGACCAACCGGAGCAGCUGGUGGGCGGUGCGCCUCAGUCCCACCUGCAGCCCGGUGGAAAGGUGCUGGGUGGUGGCAUCGGAGCAGGCGGUGGUGGUGGUGGCGGCGGCGGAGGACCAGGAGGGAGUAUGGCGGGUGGUCAAGGCCACUACCAGGACUAUGAACACUACGCGCAGUACACGGACACCGGAUAUGAUCUGGGACAGCCGACGCACCAUCCGGGUCAUCACGCGCAGUCGUAUCUCGGUGACUAUCAGAUGAACGACCGCUCGAACACACCGCACACGUCGAGCGAGAACAGUGAAUCAUCCAUCCCGAUGCCGAUGGGUGUGGCGCAGCUGGGCAACCCUUCGGCGAACCUGCUAGCGGCGGGCCCGGGUGGCUACCUGCAGGGCCAGUACGACGAGAUGGGCGAGUACGUGAUUGCACCGUCACCCGGUGGACCCGUGGACCGGCUCUAUCCGGACAACCCGUCGGCCAUGGUGUACGGAUACGUUUCGACGCCACCCUACGGUACGAUCAGCUCGCAUAUGGAUCCGAACGGAGUCGGUGGCGUGGUGGAGCCGACGUACGCCACCAAACAGCAGCUCGCUUAUGAGGCAGCCACUGGACAGCAACGGGGAGCGGGAGGAGGUGGGAGUGUGAUGGCACCGGACGGAUCGUGCUACUACGAUGGCGGCGAUGACGAUCUGCACCAGCAGAUGUCGAACCUGCAGAUACAUAAUCACGUGUUUCUCCAGCACAUCAUCACAUCACCCGGUGGGGGUGGUGGCCGGGGAGGAGCGGGAGUUGCCAAUGGACCUGGCGAGGGCAGUGGUGGAGCGGGCGGCAUGCUCGAUCUGGACGAGCAGCGUCAGAUGAAGUGGCGCGAUCCGAAUCUCACCGAGGUGAUCGGCUUCCUGAGCCAUCCGAACAAUGCGAUCAAGGCGAAUGCGGCCGCCUACCUGCAGCACCUGUGCUACAUGGACGAUCCAAACAAGCAGCGGACGCGGACACUCGGUGGUAUCCCGCCGCUGGUCAAGCUGCUCGGGCACGAGAACACUGACGUGUUUCGUAACGCGUGCGGUGCACUGCGGAACCUGUCGUACGGGCGGCAGAACGACGAGAACAAACGUGCAAUUAAUGCGGCCGGCGGCAUCCAGGCACUGAUCCACCUGCUGCGCCGGACGGCCGAAUCCGACAUCAAAGAGUUGGUGACCGGCAUCAUCUGGAAUAUGUCGUCCUGCGAGGACCUAAAGCGAUUCAUCAUCGACGACGCGGUGGUGGUGAUCGUGUCGUACAUCAUCAUUCCUCAUUCCGGCUGGGAUCCGGCGAAUCCGGGCGAAACAUGCUGGAGCACGGUGUUCCGCAACGCGUCCGGCAUCCUGCGCAACGUCAGCUCGGCCGGGGAGUAUGCGCGGAAAAAGCUGCGCGAGUGCGAAGGCCUCGUCGAUUCGCUACUGUACGUCAUCCGGAUAGCGAUCGAGAAGUCGAACAUUGGUAACAAGAUCGUGGAGAAUUGCGUCUGCAUCUUGCGCAACCUUUCCUACCGGUGCCAGGAGGUGGAGGAUCCGAACUACGACAAGAACCCGAUCCCGCACCACAGUUCCGCCGAUGGUAGCGUCGGCGGUGGCGGCGGCGGUGGUGGCGCAAUCGUCAGUGCCGCUUCGUCCAAGGGCGAAAACUUAGGCUGCUUUGGGGCGAGUAAAAAGAAGAAAGAGCAGCAGGCAGCUGCAGCUGCUGCACAGCAGCAGGCGGCCGCGGACAAAGACCACUCGAGUUCGAACGGUGAUCCGGCGCGGAUGGCUUACAAAAAUACUGCCCAUUACAAAGGAGCUGAGCAGCUGUGGCAACCGGACGUUGUACAUUCUUAUCUUGCCUUACUGCAGAGCUGUUCGAACCCGGAGACGCUCGAGGCGGCGGCGGGCGCACUGCAGAAUCUGGCCGCCUGCUACUGGCAGCCGAGCAUAGAGAUCCGGGCGACGGUGCGCAAGGAGAAGGGCCUGCCGAUCCUGGUGGAGCUGCUGCGCAUGGAGGUGGACCGGGUGGUGUGCGCGGUAGCGACCGCCCUCCGAAAUCUAGCUAUCGACCAAAGAAACAAGGAGCUGAUCGGCAAGUACGCGAUGCGCGACCUGGUGCAGAAGCUUCCGUCUGGCAAUCCGCAGUGCGACCAGGGCACGUCCGACGACACGAUAGCGGCCGUGCUGGCCACCCUGAACGAAGUCAUCAAGAAGAACGCCGAAUUCGCACGUUCACUGUUGGACGCGGGCGGUGUCGAGCGGCUGAUGAACAUGUCGCGCCAGAAGCUCAAAUAUACGCCGCGCGUGCUUAAGUUUGCCAGCCAGCUACUGUUCACCAUGUGGCAGCAUCAGGAUCUGCGCGAUGUAUACAAGAAGCACGGCUGGAAGGAGCAGGACUUCGUGACGAAGACGAUCGCGUCACGCAACCUCAACAGCAGCAACGGCGGCGGUGGCGGCGGCAGCAGCUACAGUGACAACUCGCCCAACUCGCCCAACAACACACUGAACCGUCCGAUGGCGUCGCAGAGCGGCACCAGGUACGAAGAUCGCACCAUGAAGCGCCAGCAGGCGUCCUCGUCGGCAAACAAUGGUGGGCAGGCGAUGUCAUUGCCGCCCGGUGACGGCACGAUCAAGAUGGGGAGAUGAACGAAUUCGCCGGCAACCGAUAGGACUGGAUAGCGCUCCAUUGUGACUUCUUGACACAGCUUGCAAGAGAAAUAGCAGAAGAAAAAACAAGAGAAGGAAUGGAUAGUUGACAACAUUCAUGCUAAACAAUGAUAAUGAUGAUGCCACCUGGUCGAGUUUGUGAAAAUGUUUGCAAAAGUGUUCCGACGACUCAUCAGCUCGAUUCCGAGAGCACACGACACGCGCGGCGAUAUGGCCGCGGGCCUGCAGGCUCCUUUAUCGCCCCCAGACAAUACGGGGGGAGAGGUUACCGAUUGGAUUUGGCUAGUAGUAGUAUUUCUUUCUGUUCAAUGCACCACUGGCUUCCAAACUCAAAUCUCUUCCGCACUCACAUAUACACACACCCACACACACAUACUCACACGCGUGAAUUCAGGGCAAAAUCCUACUCGAAUGUUUCUUCAAUAUUACUCUCAAAAAUAAUGGCUGAAAAAGUACGUCACACAUUCGUAGAUAGUUGUUAGCUAAACCAGAGGCCAAGGGGGUUAGGAACAGUGUACGAGUAAACAUCAAAGUACAGUAAGCGAUAAAUGAAUCCUUUGGUAAAAUGUUUCCAUCUCAAAUAUUCAUACCUGGUUCCCUUCGCAUGGAUGUAGUCGGAUUAGGCUCUGAGGUAGCAUCAGGUAUGUGAGAAUACGCAAAGCAAGCCGUGCAUGACAAUGAAUGUACCUGCAUAUUUGGUGCGGGUUCUGGUGCUUCUUUGUUUUCGCCAAUCUUUUCGAAGGUGCUGCAAAACUGUAGUGCAUUUUACUUUUUCUUAACUGGGGUUUUUGCAAGGAAUGUUAACAGUUUUUUUUUCAUAUUGGACAAAACUAAAAAUAUCUUUCUCUUCGUCCUCACUUCACUCUCCUUUGUUGUUAAAUCUUCUGAAACUAAUUACUCAGCAAACCACUUGUCUUACACAGAAAUAGAACUUAAAGAAAAACAAAGAUAUCCAGCCAGCAGACCAGUAAAACUGUUCCUCGUCUGCAAGUAUUAGUAGCUUAGAAAGUCCAAGCAUGCCAUGGAACUAAAAAUUCUCUUUGAAGUACUUCAAGUAUAGUUCACCGAUCGCGGUUUGUUUCAAUUUUAAAGGACAGAUAUUUAAAAAAAGAAGUGCGGUAAAUAUAAUAUCCUACCCCGAUGUGGAAAGAUUGUGAUAUAAGAAAUGGUUGCGAGCUGCUUGUAGUAUAAAAGAAGAAUUUAGCAAACGUGGAAAACUCUCUAGCCUUCAUAUUCGAUUCAUGCUCCACUAUUCACUACCUUCAUCUACCAUAUGUUUUCUGUUAUUUCUAUUCCUAGCAAAACAGUUUUGUGCAGUUGCGUUGCGCUUCCAAAAGCCAUGACCAUGAUGGAAAUAUAUUUACUGUUUGUUUUUCUUAUCCACGGCUCGAAAUUAAAACUGAUAUAAAAUUCUUUCAGCAAAGGUUAUAAAAAGGAAUAGUGCAAGUAUUUGCAGUAACUUUAAAAACGCAUACGAUCGUCAUUACCUUAGCCUUGCCGGCAAAAAACGAACCUUAAAUAAGAGAACCAGCUGCAAGCAUCAGAUUUGGCAACAUUCAAACCACAAGUUUGGAAUAGGAAUCGGAUUUCGUAUAAGCAACAUACCAAAUUAUCAGUUUAUAACAGGUUUUCCGUUUUGCUCAAAGACUUAAAAGUACAUAGAUUGCUGGCCAGGUGGUAAGAGGAGUAUAAAAAAACGAAAGUAAGGGAGGAAAAAAGUGCAAGCGUGGUUGAAAUUGGAACCAGAACGAAAAUUACGACCUAGGACGACAGUGGAAUAUAAACAACAAAAUAAUACCGUAACAAGUCAUUUAUACACACAUCUUAGCGGAAAACAAUGAUCAAUGUUAUUCACGAAUGCAUAUUUAUAAUUACUUCACGCAUUGCAGCAAAAGGGGAAUUCAUUUUCUAGUAGAGAUAAAAACCAUGCUCCAUAUUCCAUACCAGAUCUCGACCGCAAAAAAGGGUAAAACUAAAAAGCAUGUAAAACGGUAAAUGCUGACGAGAGUAGCACGUGCAACACCAUUAAAUUGAACAAAGUUUCAAAACAUGAUGACUCAGCAAAAAUCGGAAAAAGCUUUGCAAAACGGGAAUGCGAAUUGUGUGAAUCCAUGGGAACAGAGUUUGUGUACGUACAGUUUAAAAAAAUGCCAUCAGCAUACUUCGACCGCGCAGUGCACUGCGAAGUAGCAACUGGCCCGAGGUAGAGCAAAAUUUCAUACACUCAUAUAAUAAUUAUACAUAAAUAUAAAUAUAUACAACAAUCCAUUUUUAAUCCUCGCUCGCAUCGAUAGUGGAACUAGAGGACAGAAGGAAAGGACACACAAGAUAAACACAAAAAACUAUACUAGCUCAAAGACGACAUGGUAGAGAGAAGAAAAACAAACAACAACAAAAAAUGAACAUGUACGAAUAAUUCAAACUGCUAAAAAAGGGUAACAGAACAAAAGAAAACAAAAAAACAUAAAAAAGCAUGAAACGUAGGAUAAAACUAGUAGGACAUAUACCAAAUUUAACAAUAGGAAACAUUAUUAAACAAAACAAGCAAAAGGGAAAACUGAAUUUUAGCGGUCUCUUUCCCUGGGACUGUUUAGCAAUCACGAACAUAAUUCAAUAUACCGCACGUUAACCACUCUGAAUCACUCAACCGUUUUAUUGUUUUCCUUUUCUAUAACCCAUUUACACAAACACAAUAACGCCUCGAUAACAUACGGAAAAAGGCAUGGAAAUUGAGCAGGCAAGCAGGUUUGCGGGAAAUCUAUCAAACAAACCAAAUAUUCAACAGCAAAACAAGGGAUAAAGAAUUGCAAAUGGAAAUGAAACUUCUUUCGAACGAUUUCUUCGCUCCUUCUCAAUUGAAUCGUGAAUCUGAAUGUAGAAUGUUAUUAUAAAAUUCUCAAACUCAAAACAAACGAAAAUAUCGUACCGUUUGAACAGUGCGAUUGUGUGUGUGCGUGUGUGUUUGCUUGAGUGUAUGUGUGAAGGAGCGUGUGUCUGUGUGCGUGCGUAUGUGUGACUGUACAACCCACAAGUUAGCCGGCAAGGAAUAUUGAACUCAAACAUUGGUGGAUCGUGAAAAACGCUAGAAGCGUAGCAUUACGAAACGAGUGUUGGAAAAAGUAAAGGGCAGCAAACUGGCAAAAACAUAGGAAAGGAUAGAAGACUUAGAACAAAAGCUAGACUAGGAGUAUACAAAUAACACAACUAAUUGAAAGCAGUCAUUUACACCAUGAAAACCAGGUACGAGAGAGAUUCGAACAGAAAUAAUACAACACUACAAUGACUACGCUGAACACGAGGAACCACGCGAAGGAUGAGGGGUAGCACGUGGUCGCCCGGAACCGAGGCAACACACGAACAGUACGAAUGAAUCUUCAUUGAUAAAUAACACGAUUUUAUGGUCAAUUUUAUCAUAUAAAUAUACACGAUCAUGCAACACUCGCUAGAAAAUAAUAACAAGGGCCACGGAACAAUGAAACAAAACGCCCUCGGGCACUGACGCUAAGCUUCGGCCGUUUGGGUAACCGAUAGAAAAGCUAGAAGAAGGAACAUGUUGCCAUAAAGACGUACGUUCUCCUCCGCGUGGACGAGGACGUGGUCCCACGCACGCACAGAGACACAUAGACCACCACAAAACUCCUAACGUAGACCAGUUCCGUCUCUCGAAGAGCUUGUCCUGGUGGUUGAUACCCUCAACGGUCGGCCAUUUUGGAGCGGGCGGACGAUGCACCAGAAAACACAUGAAACAAUCCUGCCCAGAGAGAAGGACAGUUGAUAGUGACUUGCCUGGUUCUGGUUUUCGUUUCCAAAAAAAUGUUGACAGAAACAAAGGUAGAUCAUGCAUUGGCGAACCAUAGAGAGCGCGGGUAAUAGAAGAUAUGACGUGGGGACACACAGUACCGUGGAACGGAUAGUCAAGUUGUAUAGCCCGUAUGUUGUUCCUGUUUUCAAGUCCUUUUUACUUUUGGAAUUAAACAAAGAAGGAU